UUCUACUUCAAAGGCACAAGGCAGAAGGUGAUACGAAAUGAGAAUGUCGAGGAGUUUCCUAGUUGCUUUUCUAGGAUUUCUAGUUCUUGCCGUUCUGAUUCAAGCUCAGGAUCAAUCAGGAUUCAUCAGCAUAGCUUGCGGAGCUCCUGCAGGUGUGAACUUUACUGUGCGGCAAACAGGCUUAAACUAUACAUCAGAUGCAAAUUUCAUAAAUACUGGUGUGAGCAGGACAAUAGUACCUGAACUCAGACAUGAGUUUCUAAGAAACGUGUGGAAUCUCAGAAGCUUCCCGGAAGGAAAAAGGAACUGCUACAAAAUAAACAUCACAAGAGGCUCCAAGUAUCUGAUCGGGGCUUCUUUUUUGUACGGAAAUUAUGAUGGCUUAAAUAUGUUACCAAAGUUUGAUCUUCUUCUCGGGGCUAACCGGUGGGAUACAGUGGACAUAAAAAAUGCAUCCGUUAGCCGACAUUUUGAGAUCAUAUAUGUACCUUCACUGGAUUACGUACAUAUCUGUAUGGUUGACACAGGCCUUGGGACACCAUUUAUAUCAGCUAUAACGUUGAGGUCUUUGAGAAAUGACAUUUAUGAAACUGAAUUUGGAUCAUUGCAAACGUACAUCCGUCGGGAUUUAGGUUCAAACAAAGGCUACAGGUACGACGAUGAUGUUUAUGAUCGUUACUGGAGCUAUGACGAUGCAGAUACAUGGUAUGACAAUGUAGAUAAAUGGAAACAGCUAAAUUUUCCGAUUGAUGCUGAUUCUUUAGUGCAGAACCAUUACCAACCGCCAGCUGUUGUCAUGAGCACCGCAGUUACACCAGCAAAUGUUAGUGCUCCAUUGGUAAUAAGCUGGAAGCCAUAUGAUCCAAAAGAGUCAUUCUAUGUUUACAUGCACUUCACAGAGAUUCAAGUGUUAGCAAAGAAUCAGACGAGAGAGUUCAACAUCACCCUGAACGGAAAGCUAUGGUAUGAAAAUGAGUCUCCUAGGUACCACAGUGUCAAUACUAUAUAUAGCACUUCAGGCAUCAGUGGGAAAUUAAUUAAUUUUUCAUUUGUGAUGACCGAGACUUCUACCCUACCUCCCAUCAUCAAUGCCAUUGAAAUUUACAGAGUGAAAGAGUUCCCGCAACAAGACACAUACCAAGGAGAUGUUGAUGCGAUUACAACCAUCAAGUCUGUUUAUGGGGUGACAAGAGAUUGGCAAGGUGAUCCAUGCAGCCCGAAAGACUACUUGUGGGAGGGUCUGAAUUGUACGUAUCCCGUAAUUGACUCCCCAAGAAUCAUAACUUUGAACUUAUCUUCAAGUGGAUUGUCAGGAAAGAUAGGCCCUUCAAUUUUAAAUCUCACCAUGCUGGAGAAGUUGGAUUUAUCAAACAAUAGCUUAAACGGUGAAGUUCCUGAUUUUCUGUCUCAAUUACAAUACUUGAAGAUCUUGAACUUGGAGAAUAAUAACCUCUCCGGUUCAAUUCCCUCAACACUUGUUGAAAAAUCUAAGGAAGGUUCCCUAUCAUUAAGUGUGGGCCAAAAUCCAUAUCUAUGUGAAUCUGGUCAAUGCAAUUUCGAGAAGAAACAGAAGAACAUUGUUACGGCGCCCAUAGUAGCAUCAAUUAGUGGGGUGUUGAUUCUUCUUGUAGCCGUGGCAAUAUUGUGGACCCUUAAAAGGAGAAAAUCAAAAGAAAAAUCAACAGCUUUGAUGGAAGUGAAUGAUGAAAGUGAGAUCUCACGCCUGCGAUCCACAAAAAAAGAUGAUUCAUUAGCGCAAGUCAAAAAACAAAUAUAUUCAUACUCUGACGUCCUUAAAAUCACCAACAAUUUCAAUACAAUUAUUGGUAAAGGAGGAUUUGGAACAGUUUACCUGGGCUAUAUCGAUGACAGUCCAGUUGCAGUGAAAGUGCUUUCUCCAUCGUCUGUAAAUGGCUUUCGACAAUUUCAAGCAGAGGUUAAACUUCUAGUCAGAGUUCAUCACAAAAACUUAACAUCCCUUAUUGGUUAUUGCAAUGAAGGAACCAAUAAGGCUCUCAUAUAUGAGUAUAUGGCUAAUGGGAACUUACAAGAACAUCUCUCUGGUAAACACAGCAAAUCAACGUUCUUGAGCUGGGAGGACAGACUUCGUAUAGCAGUGGAUGCAGCCUUAGGAUUGGAGUAUCUGCAAAAUGGUUGCAAGCCUCCAAUAAUCCACAGAGAUGUAAAAUCUACAAACAUCUUGUUGAAUGAACACUUCCAAGCAAAAUUGUCAGAUUUUGGUCUAUCCAAAGCUAUCCCAACUGAUGGGGAAUCUCACGUGUCAACUGUCGUUGCUGGUACUCCUGGUUAUCUGGACCCUCACUGCCACAUAUCCAGUAGAUUAACACAGAAAAGCGAUGUUUUUAGCUUUGGAGUAGUUCUUUUGGAAAUAAUCACAAACCAACCAGUAAUGGAAAGGAAUCAAGAAAAGGGUCACAUAAGUGAAAGGGUUAGCUCCUUGAUUGAGAAAGGAGAUAUCAGGGCCAUAGUUGACUCAAGGUUAGAAGGAGAUUAUGACAUUAACUCAGCUUGGAAAGCCUUAGAAAUAGCAAUGGCUUGUGUUUCUCUAAAUCCCAACGAAAGGCCAAUCAUGAGUGGGAUUGCUAUUGAACUAAAGGAGACAUUAGCGAUCGAAAUAGCUCGAGCAAAACAUUGUGAUGCCAAUCCCAGAUAUUUAGUUGAAGCGGUUAGCGUGAAUGUGGACACCGAAUUCAUGCCCCUGGCGAGGUAGAAGCUUACCUAAAGAAGAAUAACAUAAUAUAUGUCGUCAAAAAUAAGUCAUUAAAGUGUGUUGGAGGAUGAAGACGAGUUAAUGAAAUCAAGCCACAAAAGAGAUGUGUGUAAAAAUAAAUAAUGAAAGAAUGAAAACCUGUGUUAUUUAAUUUUUCCUUGAAUAAGAUUUAUAGAGUUUUAUAAAACAUGAUAAUACAAUAUAGUUUUAUAAUUUCAUUCA